AUGUCCUCCCGCCCCUUCUCCAGCCGCGCCCCCGUCGCCUCUUCCUCGCCUCCCCACCCCCCAGCCGCCCCCGCCGCCCAAGUCAACAACAUAACCCUCGCCCUCUUCCCCAACCUGACCGUGUCGGGCAAUUUCCCGCUGCUCCUCACGCUCAUCGGCGUCGUGGUAAUCCUGUCCAUCGCGAUCGGUUACAUGUGGCAGGAGUACGGGAAGCUGAAGGAGGAGCUGGAGAAGCUGCGGCCGAGCAAUGGGGACUCUGCACCUGCGCUUGGGGCUGCGGAGACGCCGAGUGUGAGCUUUGUGGUUGAUGAUCAGGGGAGUAGCUCUGCGAGGUCGAGUGGGCGGCCGAGGACGGAUAGGAAGAGGACGAGAGAGUAA